UGUGACUGCCUUUUAAAUCUCAAUGUGAUAACGUUGUAUAUUAUCAAAGCAGUUAUUUAUAAAUAAAAUAAAAUUAAAUAAAUGUAUAUUCAGUUUUUAGAAGAAUAUGUUAACCCAAAAAUUAAGUACCAGAAAACAAUGGUCUAGUUAGGUGUUCUACAUUGAACCAAAAUAAAUAUCUUAAAAAAUAUAGCAAGCACAAUCUUAAAACUAGGUCCAGAUGAUACAAAUUUUACCAAACCUUCUUUGCUUCCUAAAGAGUGGCGUAAUUAAGCAAAUUCUUUUUGCAUUAUGACGUUUUUCCGGGAAACGACCAAUUUGCCCAAAUGUUCAUUUGUAAUUGGCAAGUAGUACUUUGCAUUUUACAAGAAUAUUUUGAUGAAAUCAGCAUAAAUUCAGUAUGCUUUGUGAACCAUUCUCCUUAUUUUGCGAUAUCGACUACAUACAUAUGUAUAAAUAUUUUAUUUCUAGAGCGUAUAACUAAUUCGUUUGUUUAUUGUUUCAUUCGCGCACUCAUUCGGAGUUACAUACAUUCAUAUGUAUGUGCAUAUCUCAAUUGACGACGAAAUCGACGGAAAUUGCAUUGUGCGUGCUCGUGGAUUACCUUGGCAGAGUAGCGAUCAGGACAUCGCUAAAUUUUUUCGCGGUCUAAACGUGGCAAAGGGCGGAGUAGCUCUUUGUCUUUCGCCCCUCGGCCGACGCAACGGCGAGGCUCUUAUUCGUUUUAUAUCGCAGGAGCAUCGCGACAUGGCAUUAAAACGUCACAAACAUCACAUCGGCAGCCGAUAUAUCGAAGUUUAUCGCGCCACUGGUGAAGAUUUCUUGGCCAUAGCUGGUGGAGCUUCCAAUGAAGCGCAGGCUUUCCUUUCAAAAGGUGCGCAGGUUAUAAUACGUAUGCGAGGUCUCCCCUAUGAUUGCACAGCAAAACAAGUUUUGGACUUUUUUACUACUGGCGAGGAUCCGUGCAAUGUGCUUGAUGGUUCCGAAGGUGUACUAUUUGUCAAAAAACCAGAUGGACGUGCUACUGGGGACGCUUUCGUGUUAUUUACUAACGAGUCGGAUGCACCCAAGGCCCUCUCUCGGCACCGGGAGUCAAUUGGUCAACGUUAUAUAGAACUAUUCCGGUCUACAACGGCAGAAGUCCAACAAGUGCUAAAUCGCUCAAUGGACCCGAGAACCUAUGAAGCUAAUCAUCAGCCACCUCUGAUAGCCCAAUUGCCGGCAAUGCCGCUGUCACUGCUGCCGCAGCACUUGAUUACUUCAGGUACCACCAAAAACUGUAUCCGUUUGCGAGGCCUACCUUAUGAAGCCCUAGUAGAGCACAUUCUUCAUUUCUUGGAUGAUUUUGCAAAACAUAUUAUAUAUCAGGGCGUGCACAUGGUCAUUAAUGCUCAAGGACAGCCCAGUGGCGAGGCUUUCAUUCAAAUGGACUCAGAAGAGUCUGCUCGCCUAUGCGCACUGCGCAAACAUAACCAAUUUAUGAUGUUUGGUAAAAAGUAUCGUUACAUCGAAGUGUUCCAGUGUUCCGGGGAUGACAUGAAUAUGGUGUUGAAUGGUGGCCUGCAGUCACCCAUUGCCACAACACCUCACCCUCAUCAUCCUGCUGCAGCUAAGCAGACAUCGCUUCUCUCACCGGGUAUGUUACCUCAACCGUCGCCGUCCAACGCACAAGCAAUUAGUUCUCAUGCGCAUGCUCACGCCCACAAUCAGGGCCAUACUCAUUCUCACGCUCAUAACCAAGGGCACAGUGCCCACAUGACACAUGCGCAUGCAAUGCAAUCGUCACCAUCAAUGGCAGCAGCAGUUGCCGCCCUAUCGCAACAACAACAUGUGGCUCUGCCUCCAACGAAUCCACAGUCUGUGGCAGCUAUAGCAGCCUCUGCAGGUAGCUUAUCGCCGUUUAUAGCGGCCACGGUCGGAGCUCCAUCAAAUUCCGCGCAGCCUCAGAGCAUUGCAGCUCAAUCAAAUGCUGCCGCCGCCGUUGCAGCUGCUGCUGCCGCUCAAAAUGCUGUUACUGUUGGUAGUUUAGGUACACCUCAAGCCUCAACUUUGCAAAUGCCUUCGAGCGCUUCCACAGCCGUUAGCGCACAAUCUCAAGCUAUGGCUCCAUUUCCUUUCAAUUUUUCUCUUCCUCCACCUCAGAUGAGUAUGGCUGCAAAUCCCGCACUCAUUGCUCAGCAACAGGCACAAUUUAUUGCACAACAAAGUUUAAUAGCGCGUCAGCAGGCUGCGGCUGUGGCCGCCGAACAACAACAACAACAGCUGUAUGCCAACUUCAUGAGCCCAUUGCUGUUUCAGCAUCCAUCUUCUGGAGGGGCAACGAAUGUUGCCUCACCAAAUGUUGCCUCCGCUGGUGCCGCUGGCAACCAGCCUCAAUUUGUGCUUAUGCCACGCCACUUUUCCUUUCAACCGUUUCCGAUCGGCUAUAUCCCACAGGGCUAUCAAUAUGCAGCAACUGCAGCCGGUGUGUGUGGUGCAGCCAUGCCGGCGGCAGCUGCGGGCAUUUUGCCUAGCUCGGCAUUGACAGCGGCCACUUCGUUGUCUCAUUCUAUGAAGCGAUCAUAUGAUAACGCUUUCCAACACGAAACUAAUAUGGCGACUGCCGCCAAGCGUGCUCUCACACGCCCCCCUGCUACUGGUGGUGUAUACCAGUUCUUCAAUCCGGGACUGUAGUUGAAAUAAAAUACAGAUAAGUAUUUUUUUUUUUAAUGGUGAAAUGUUUGUGGCGAUUGCGUUGUUGUAAGAAAAGCCUGUAUUUCUAAUACAGAUGGGCAUUUAACGGUAUGAUUGACCUGUAACACAACAUCCUUAUAAACAAAUAUUCAUAUUGUCUAUAUUGACAUACUUACAUAAGUACUAUAUAAUUACAAAUAGUUAAACAGGUAUAAAUACAUACAUAAUUACACAGAUAUCACACAAACAUUAACCCAUUUCAAAUCAUGAACUUAUUCUACUUAAUAAGAGCUAUAUAGUUUGUUCGUAGAAUUAAGCUUACAAUUGUGUUACUAUAUUGCGAUUACUUUAAACUGAAAAUUCUAUUAAAAUAGUAGAUAAAUAUUUGCAUUAUUAUGAAAAUCUUACCUAUAAGAUACUUUGGGCAAUCUAUAUUUCUUAAGCAGAGAGUGAGGUAAAUUGUGCUCAAUCUAAAUUGUCGGGAUUUUAAUAGUUAUAAAAUAAUUAUUAUAAACGAGUAAUUUUCAAAAAGAUUAACCCGGCAUUAGAAGAUAGACAAAGACGAACCAACUUGAAAAGUUGAAAGAGGCUAGCAAUAUUCAUUAGCAAAGUGUUUAAUUUCACCUGUGACAAUUAUAGUAUAUUUUGUGCAAUUUAUUUCUGUAAAAUUUUGAUAUUUCUUUUGCAAUUAAAGAGAAAAUUUAAGCUAAACACUUCGCAAAUGAAUAUUGCAAGGUGUUGGAUUUCCAUUUGCCUUGAAACAGCUAUCAUAAUAAUUCUCAAUUUAACUGGGCUUUUAUAUUUCUUACACUAAUUAUACUUAAGAGCAUACUUCGUUUAUGUAUGUACCUUUUAAAAAUUUUUCAUUUCGAUUUUAAUUGAUAAAAUUUAGCUCAAUAGAAUUUUAUAUUCUAUGUAUAACGCUCGUAUCUAUACUUUCUUUCGAAGUAUAAUACUUUUUUUGGAUUCCAAAAAUGGAUACUGCGGUUUUUUCCAAAAUGCUGCAUUUAUACUUUUUUUC